CUUGUGACUCUCUCAAGCAGCUGGUGUUUUUCAAGUUUUGCUUUUGUCCGGCCCAAUAGUCUGAUUUUUGCCGGAUUUUGUGCCGAUUUGGCGUCGAAAUGGGCACCUAUUGGUCUUCGUAUAGACACCCUGAGAACUUCCCUGACCGGGCAAGUGAACCGACCUUCGACCCUUUGUACGGCUUCCCCAACGGCCGCAAACCACGAGAAAUGAUUGCUACUGUAGAAGAAAUGGAGGCUGCAAAGCUGGACCUCAUUGACCGAGACUACUGCGCUCACAAACUGCUCGAGUUCCGCAAAUGCCGCUCAGAAAACUGGCCCUGGGUAGCCAAUUGCAAACACGAAAAACACGCCUACCUUACAUGUGAAUUUGACGAUUUUGUGCUCAGAAUGAAGGAGCAUGAACGGGAAAAGAGAUUAAAGGACCGGCAGAUGAGGCUUAAUGCGAAAAACAAAGCACUGGAGUUCUCGGAGUAAUUUGUGCUGGAGGUUAGUGGUUCCAUGGCUAGCAGAAACAGUCGACCACUUUCACAGCCGGCCGAAUUAUUUUGACGUAGACACUGUCAUUGUAUAUUGAUAAAAAUAAAACAAAAUGUCUCAUUGUUAUCAGUUAAAGGAAA